CAAAAAUCAGGGCCUUUGCAGGUAAAGCCAUUUUUUUCUGCAGAGGAAGAAGCAAACAUGUAAUCAAAAUCGAUUAUACAAGACAAAAUAUCAAAAGGCCCAGGAAAUAUAUGAUACGAUAAUUAUGCAAGAAUCAAUGAUGUAUAGACAGAUUGUUGUGUGAAUUAAAGCUGCUUCAAUUUAUAGUUUCUCGGUUCGUUGAUAUAAAACAAGUUUAAUCGAACUGCUGAUCUCCGAUUGUUAUUAAGCAUAAGCCAGCAAAAUGUCUUGUUCUCAUGGAGAAGAGAAUGAUGAUGAAGACAAGGAAAACCUGAGAUUCUUCUGACCUCUAGAUGCUUGAAGCUCUUAAAAAUGAUGAUGAGAGAGGGUAGAGACGUAAAGCCUAUUCUAUUGAAAGUAGGGUUGGCUCUAACUCUUUCUAUAGCUGGAUUUCUCUUAUCUCGCAUCAGAAUCAGAAGACUCAAUUCUUCUGAUACAAAGAGCCACUCAGACCAUACUUCAGGUUAUGACGGCGACAUUAGUUCAGAUAAAACUUCUGAUCUUCCUCUUGCCAUAAAGCGAGUGUCUAGAUCAAGUUCUUGCAACAAAUUUUCAGAUGCACAUUUUCUGCAUACGGAAGAGCCGUUCAUCAAGGAGGUGAUCAGUGACACCACGCAUAGUAGGUCAAAAUUAGGAUCUCCUCCUAAAGCAUAUGUAACUCCAGAAAAGGAUGACUACGAUCGAGAGAUGAAGAACCUCAAGAACAUAAUCAGAAUGCUUCAAGAGAGAGAAACGAGUCUUGAGGAUCAAUUGCUCGAUUACUACGAACUUAGAGAGAAAGAAACAACAGUGAUGGAGCUUCAAAAUCGCUUGGCGAUUAGCAAUAUGGAGGCAAAAAUGUUCGAUCUGAAGGUCGAGAAUCUGAUGUCUGAGAAUCGGAGGCUAGAAGCACAAAUGGCCGAUAAUGCGAAACUUGUAGCAGAGCUUGAGCGUUCGAAAGCGAAAGCGAAGCUGCUGAAGAAAAAAAUUAAGCAUGAAGCUGAAGAGAACAGGGAAUUGAUAAAGAACCUUCAACAAAGAGUUCUGAAAUUGCAAGAAGAUCACAAAGGUGCUGGUAGUGAUGAGAAUUUACAGAUGAAGUUGCAGAAGCUGAAAGAUUUAGAGAGUGAAGCAGAAGAAUUGAGGAAGUCCAAUUUGAGAUUGCAGAUAGAGAAUUCAGAAUUGGCUCGAAGAUUGGAUUCUACUCAGAUCCUUGCAAAUGCUUUUCUCGAAGAUCCAGAGAAAGAUGCUCUCAAGGAAGAGACUGAACGUCUUAAACGAGAGAAUGAGAGCUUGACGAAGGAAAUUCAGCAACUUCAAGCAGAUCGAUGUUCAGAUGUUGAAGAAUUGGUCUAUCUUCGGUGGAUUAAUGCUUGCUUACGAUAUGAGCUCAGAAACUAUCAGCCUCCACCUGGUAAAACUGUUGCAAGGGACUUGAGCAAAAGCUUAAGCCCUACCUCUGAGAGGAAAGCAAAACAGCUCAUACUUGAAUAUGCAAAAUCUGAAGCAACCAUGGACUUUAACUCACCUUCAGACCAAUGGUCCUCUUCUCAGGCUUCUUCUCUUACAGAUGCUGAUGAUUCUUCUCCUUUUGGAAACUCAUCUGUUCGCAGAAUUCACACUUCAAGCAAGAACAAGUUUUUCCACAAGCUUAGAAGACUAAUCAAAGGCAAAGAUAGCCAGCACCAUCGUGUUCAGCUUUCACCUGCGGAAAAAUGUGGAUCUCAAGAUAGUAAUUCCCCACAGUUCUGUUCAAGCGUAUCAACUGGGAAUGACACGUGUCAAAGGCGAGAGCUUGACACUCCAUACAGGAUAUUCAGAAGUUCUUCUGAUUUCCACAGGUUGGCGAUUUUGAAGGAAGAAGACAGCAGAAAUUCAGAUGGCACUAAGCUGGGAAUCUCAAAGAAGUUCAGCCUGAAUAAAGGGCACUCGGCAGAUUUUAAAAAUUGCCUUGAUCCUUACUCUGAUACAGUACACGUAGAGAAAACCCCAUUAAUGAAAUAUGCAGAAGCUUUAAAAGACUCUGGUGCAUCUUCCAAACCCAAACAUGGCUUUGGAAGAAGAUCAGCAUCACACAGUUCAUUUUAACUUAGUAGCUACUUGUAGUUUUCCCCCCUUUUAACUGUAGGCAUUUAAAAUUAGUAGGGUGAAGGUGAAUGCCACUGUACUAUGUUACAUUAGCAUUUAGGAUCUUUUCGGACACUAAUUUGUGUUUGAACAAAUAAUGCACUUUCGAAUGUAUAGUAAGCAUUCAUAGAUACAAAUUUCGUUGAGAGUAUCACUAUAUAGUUACCUUCUAGUGGGAAACACUUGC